AUGGAGAAAAUCUCAGACAGUUUUCCAGGGUUUUGCCUUAAAGCUACGCUUUGCGGUGCUGGAGGAUACGUGCUCGGUGGUUUGGCAACAAGAUCUAUUGAAGAGGAUGACCUGGAAGCUGAGCAGACAGUCAUCGAGUUGCUUGAAUAUUCGGAUGAAAAUCAAAGGACCGUUGAGAAACUUGAAAAAGUUGCAAACUCGGUUAAUUUGUAG